AUGUAAUUAUAAGAUGGAAACAAUUUGAUGCUUAACCUUUCCAAUGGUCCCAUAGACAAUAGUAGAAGAUCCUGCACAAAUGUAUUUUGUGCCAUCCUCUAUGCCGGCAUAUUGUUGAGUAUCUUUGGGAUAGGCGUGUACAUGAAUCAAAGCGGAAAUGUUUCACAGAUAGACCGAGGAUAUGACCCUGAUCGUAAAUAGAAACAAAUAUGAUAAAGAUAGACCAUGUGGAAUGGAGACAUUGAGAGAUUAUCCAUUCAUUUACUUCACUACACUUAAUAGUGAUUUCUUAUGGAAGACUGUUUGCGUUUAGGAAUGUCCAAGUGUUCCAAUUGCCAAACACAAACAUUUGUAAUUGAAUCCUCCAACAAGUACAACUGUUCCGACAACAACAACACCCAUUGGAGCAACCUAAAAUUCAUAAUUAAAAUGUGCUGUAAAUUCAGUAGUAACUUCUUGUAAUUAAGCCACUUUAUAUAACAGCAUUAAAUGUAACAUAUUUAUAUAUAUAAAAAAGUUGAUUAAAGAGUUUGCAUACCAACAGAUCCAGAAUAAUUUAAAAUAGUUUAAGAAGCAUUAAAAAUGGGUUUCUUACAUUAAUUAAUAUCUGAUAUCAGUGGAGCCAAGUAUACAUUAUUUAUUUUCAUUGUAAUUGGAACCUGCUUUACUAUAGCAUUCACUUAUUUAUUGAAAUGGUGUAGCAAAACUGUAAUUUGGUUUAUCAUUUUUAUAAUUGUUUUGUUGUCCAUUUUCUUUGGCUAUUAUAGUUAUUUGUAAUAUAAAGCAGCGUAAUUAAUAAAUCAAUUUAAGUAGAUCAAAUAUGACAAUUAGUUUAUCACCAACUGGAUAUUUAUUAUAAUCAAUUGUAUGGUGGUGUUUUGGAUUGGGUACAAUAGUUUUGACAAUUUGUUUUUACAAACGAAUCAAUCUAGCCAUUGCAAUUAUUAAGUCAGCAUCUGAUUUUGUUACUAAAAAUGUAAGUAUUGUAAUAGUACCUGUAUUUUCAACUAUUGUUACUCUUAUUUUAUCAAUUAUAUUUAUUUAUAUAGCAUUGUAAUUAUUAUAUUAAUAUUUAGUUUAAUAUGCUCAACUGGUAAACCUGGAGAUAAAUAAUAAUAAUGGCCUUUUGGAUAAUUGAAAUAUACAUUUAUUGAAUAUUUUAGUGGAUUCUAUUUGUUAUUUACAACAUUUUGGACAUAUUCAUUAAUAAUUGGAGUUAAUAGUUUUAUAAUAGCAGGUUCUGUCUGUGUGUGGUAUUGGUAAUAAGGAAAGAGCGGUUAAGAACAUGUUUAACCUCUCAAUUCAUCAUGGAAAAGAUGUUUUGUUUAUCAUUUUGGUUCAAUUGUUUUAGGUGCAUUAUUAUUGGGUUUAAUAUCAAUAUUUAGAUCAUUCUUUGAAUAUCUAUAUGUAUUUAGUAUUCAUAUAAUUAAAAUAGAGAAAUGCUGAAUAUAUGCGUAAUACAGAUGGAUGUUAAUUUUGUUUUAAGUGUUGUGCAUGUUGUAUAUGGUGUUUUGAAAGGUUUUUGCAAUAUUUGAAUCAAAAUAUUUAUGUUUAAAUAAAUAUGACAGGAGAUGGUUUUUUUCAUGCUGCUAAAAAAGGAUUGGAUAUUAUGUCUAAUAAUCCUUCAAUAGUAAUGUAAGUUGUUGGUUUAGGAGAUUUAAUAAAUAACAUAGCAAGAAUAAUGAUUACAUUAUCUAUCUCAAUGUUCUUUUUUAGAUCCAUUUCGGAAUUACCUUAAUUAUUAUUUGGAGGAAUUGUGAUUAAUCCAUAUAAUCCAACUUUAUUAUUAGCAAUCAUUAUUUUUGUAAUUGCCAGUGUCUUUACUAAUAUAUUUGGAGUUUCAAUAGAAAGCAUACUUCAUUUAUAUUGUAUUGAUUAAGAAAUAGCCAGGGCUAAAUAAAGUUCAGAUGAUGCUGAAAUGUGUCCUGCGGUAAUAAUAAUAAUUUAUAAUUAUAGGCAUUAAGAGAAUUUUUAAAUGAUAAGGUUUUUACAUAAUAAUAAAAAUGA